AACACCACAGCUUUACUUCUAAGCUGUAAGCUGCUGCCUCUUCAAAGAAGUCGCAGAUUCCUUCCGAGUCUAAAUUAAAAACCCUCUUUCUCUCUCACACUGUUCACAUUACGUUCGGCCUGCAUCUCCUCAUACCUCUCUCCAUCAUGGAUUCAAAAAAUAAACCCCUAAAAUCACCAGCUCAUGGAGAAGUAACCACCAUUCUCAGCAUUGAUGGCGGAGGAAUAAGAGGGCUUAUCCCUGGAACUAUCCUCUGUUUCUUAGAAUCUGAGCUUCAGAAGCUGGAUGGUGAAGAUGCAAGAAUAGCGGAUUAUUUUGAUGUGAUUGCUGGAACAAGCACAGGCGGCCUUGUAACUGCCAUGCUAACUGCUCCAAAUGAAAAAAACCGGCCUCUGUUUGCUGCCAAGGAUAUCAAGGAAUUCUACCUAAACCACUGCCCUAAAAUCUUCCCACAAAGCAGAUGUUGGCCAAUAUUUGCUGCUGCUAGAAAGUUUAUCGGAGCCCUUUCCGGACCAAAGUAUGACGGGAAGUAUCUACACAGCCUUGUUAGAGAAAAACUCGGAAGUACGAGAAUUAGCCAGACGUUGACAAAUGUUGUCAUCCCAACAUUUGAUCUCAAGAGACUACAGCCAACCAUCUUUUCUAGCUAUGAGGUAAAGAAAAGCCCAAGCUUAAAUGCACUACUUUCAGAUGUAUGCAUUGCAACCUCAGCUGCACCAACUUAUCUUCCAGCUUAUUACUUUGAAACCAAAGACCAGGAAGGGAAAGUGAGAGAGUUUCACCUUACAGAUGGGGGGGUUGCAGCUAAUAAUCCGGCCUUGCUUGCCAUUGGUGAAGUGACAAAGGCGAUCCAAAGAGAGAGUCCUGACUUCUUUCCUUUAAAACCAACGGACUAUGGACGAUUUCUGGUCAUAUCCUUAGGAACUGGAACACACAAAGACGAAGAGAAAUACAAGGCGCAUGAUGUAGCUAAGUGGGGAAUACUGGGUUGGUUAACCAACGGUGGUUCCACCCCCUUAAUUGAUGUAUUUUGUCAAGCAAGUGCAGAUAUGGUCGAUGUCCAUCUCUCUCAGGUUUUCCAAGACCUUCAUUCCGAGAAAAGUUAUCUGCGGAUUCAGGACGAUACAUUAACUGGGGUAGUAUCUUCGGUUGACGUGGCCACAACAAAGAAUUUGAAUGAUCUCGUUAAAGUUGGGGAAGAGUUGCUCAAGAAACCAGUCGCUAGGGUGAAUCUGGAGACAGGAAUCUGCGAACCUGUAGACAUUGGAACUAAUGAACAAGCUCUCAUAAGGUUUGCGAAACUUCUUUCCCAAGAGAGGCGCCUUCGCCAUUCUAGGACUUCCCGCAUUGGAGUAUAAAAAGAUUGCCUUCCCAAUUAUAUAUAGCUUUCUAGCUUUUCAGAAACAUUUCUCAUUUUCUUAAUAAUCCCAUACCCUUAUGAUCAUGGGAAAAAUCUCAUAAAACACCCCUACUUUCUCCCAGUACUGGUGACAAUGCCAUUAGUACUGUUCUUGGCAUGCAUUAAUAAUGGAUGUGGAAUAAGAGGACUAUUCCAGGCACCAUACUAAAAUUGGUUUCCUGGCCUUGUCCGAGUUACAUGUUAUAUGUAUAAACGUACGUACUUCGGGUGGCACAUAUGCCGGCCAGUUUUUUGAAUAAAAUCAUAAUGUCUUGUUCGUGUGUUAUAUAUUAAUCGACG